ACAUGAAAACAUGUCGACACACGGUGUAACACCGUCGGUGUUUUUUUAUCCCGGUAUACUGCGCGGGACGCGGUGUUCCCCUCCGUCCUCUGUCGUCACUGCCACAGAGGAGUGAUGCGUGCGUUCCUUCAUCAGGUGGAGCUUUCCCGAGCCUUGUCAUACCACGGUCAUGCGAAUGUACUGUCGCUGUAACGGACAGCUACGCGGGCAUCACGAGCCUCUCACUUGUCGGUCUAUGAAUCUAAACUCUAGCAGGGCAGCAUGACGGGCGCGGGAGGAGGUGAGACCGACGCCACCGUACACAGCAGCAACGACACCGGGGCAACGGAGAGGAUGGAGAGGGCGGCUGUUACCGGAGAUACUGGACUGAAGAAAGAGCAGAUGACUUCAUCCAAACCUGCGGGGGUCCUGGGUAAGUACCUGAGCUGGCGUCUGAGGCAGGCUAAAGGCUACAUCCUGUCCAGGAAACCCUCCUUCAUGAGAACUCUGCCCUCCGACAACUGUGACAUCAUCAUCACCUUCCCAGAGUCCCCAGACAGAGAGCCCCCCCUGUGGCUGCUGAACCUGAUGAGGCUGGGUCUUCCUCAGGUGUCGGUCCAGGUGCGGCAGCACAAGCAGACGUGGGCUGACAUGUUGUUCAUCACCGCCUCCUUCGAGAACCUGCUGCUGGGGGCGGAGCAGGCUGGGGUCAUCAAGGCAGUGAAGCCCCAGUACGGAGGGGGGAAGCGGCGCUUCCUGUGUGAGGAGAGCAACAUCUACCUGAACAUAGAGAGCGAGGUCUGCUUCCUCAGCUCACAGGAGCGUCAGAGCAUCAUUAAGUUCUGGCUGGAUAAUCUCCGUGCCGACCAGGGAGAGGUGCUCCAUAACCUCCACUUCCUGGAGGGACAGCCAAUCAUCCCAGAGCUGCUGGCCCGGGGGGUGGUGCAGCAGGUGUUCCCCCUGCAUGACGAGAGGGUUCUGGCUCUGCUCAUGACAUCCUGGGUCCAGGCUGUCUGUGACAGCCAGCCGCUGGAUGACGUCUGCGAGUACUUCGGGGUGAAGAUCGCCAUGUACUUCGCCUGGCUCGGCUUCUACACCUCCGCCAUGGUGUACCCUGCUCUGAUUGGCUGCCUGCUCUGGGUCCUGGCCGACCAGACCAGUCAGGAUAUCUGCUGUGUGCUGUUCGCUCUCUUCAACGUGGUGUGGGCCACAUUGUUCCUGGAGGGCUGGAAGAGGAGGGGGGCGGAGUUGGCGUACAAGUGGGGCACUCUGGACACGCCCACAGACUCUCUGGAGGAGCCACGCCCCCAGUUCAGGGGGGUGCAGCGUGUGAGCCCUGUGACUGGCUGUGAGGAGUUCUACUACCCUCCCUGGAGGAGGGCAGUGUUCCGGUGGAUGGUCAGCCUGCCUGUCUGCAUGCUCUGCCUGGCCUUCGUCUUCCUGUCCAUGCUGCUGUGUCUGGAGCUCCAGGAGUUUGUGAUGAGUGUGAAGGAGCUUCCAAACGUGACCCGGUUCCUCCCCAAGAUCCUACAGGCCAUCACCGUGUCUGUGUGUGACGAGGUGUACAAGAGGAUCGCAUACUGGCUCAACAACAUGGAGAACUACCGCCUCCAGAGUGACUAUGAGAACAACCUCAUCAUCAAAAUUGUUGUUUUUCAGUUCAUCAACUCCUACCUUAGUCUGUUCUACAUCGGGUUCUACCUCAAGGAUAUGGAACGCCUGAAGGAGAUGCUGGCCACGCUGCUCAUCUUCCGCCAGAUCAUGCAGAACUUCGUGGAGGUUCUCCAGCCAUACCUGUACGAGCACCACAAGCUGGGGGUGUUCACGCCCAGGGUCCUGUGGGAGCAGGCCCACACUGGGGUGCUCAAGUACGGACGCCUGGCACUAGGAAAGGCCCAGGCUUUCGUGGCGGCCUACUGCAAGCAGGCCUCCAGAGGCCUAGCCCACCCUGAGACGAGAGCAUCUGAGCGUGGGAGGAGGGGAGACCUGAAGGCCGGCUUCAGGCUGUCGGAGGAGGAGUGGGAGCAGAGCGAUGGUCUGAGACACAGGAAGGUCUGUUUCACCGAGACGGUGGCCUACAACCACCCCGCCGCCACAGCGACCCCCGCCGACACGGCGACCCAGCAGGGGGCGGGGCCUCUCAGCUUCCUGGAGGACAGCCCCACCCUGCUGGAGGAUGGCAUGCACGCCACCAGCCUGUUCACCCUGGACGACAGCGACCACGGCGACAGCGACCAUGGCGACAGCGACCAUGGCGACAGCGAGGCAGAGACGGCGGAUGCGGUGGCAAACACCAACAUUACAACCAAUGGUUCUGAAGCUGCAAGCCAGAAUGGGCGUGGCCAAGCAGACAGGAAGCAGGACAGGAAGUCAUGGAUUGAUCCUCCGCUGGAGGAGGAAGCGUGUGGCUUGACUCUGACGCAGGCGGAAAUCCAGAGCUGCAUGCAGACCUACGAGAGCACCCUGGAGGACUACCAGGAGAUGUUCAUCCAGUUCGGCUACGUGGUCCUCUUCUCCUCCGCCUUCCCGCUCGCUGCGUUGUGCGCGCUCAUCAACAACGUGAUCGAGAUUCGCAGCGACGCCCUCAAGCUGUGCUGCGGGUUCCAGAGGCCCUUUGGAGAACGCGUGGACAACAUUGGACAGUGGCAGACAGUGAUGGAGGUCAUGGGCCUCAUUGCCAUCAUCGUGAACUGUUACCUGAUUGGCCAGUGUGGUCAGCUGCAGCGGCUGUUCCCCUGGAUGAGUCCUGAGAUGAUCAUCAUCUGUAUCGUGCUGCUUGAGCACUUUGCCGUCCUGCUGAAGUACGUCAUCCAUGUAGCAAUCCCUGACGUUCCUGUGUGGGUGGCGGAGGAGAUGGCCAAGCUGGAGUACCGACGCAGGGAGGCCUUCAAGAAACACGAGCGCCAGGCCCAGCAGCACUUCCAGCAGCAGCAACGUCAGCGCCGCGAGGAGGCGGAUCUACAGAGGCAGGAGGCGGAGCUACAGAGGCAGGCGGAGCUACAGGCCGAGGCUCGCCUUGAAGGCAGCGGCAAGGCUGAGGCCCACCAGCAUCACCACGCCGCCGGGGGGGGCAAGGGGGGCGGGGGGGACAAACCCCGCAGGCCCAGCUCUCUGCUGGGCUCCAACAAGCUGAAGCAGAUCAUCCCCCUGCAGGGGAAGUUGUCCGGGUCGCCCCGUUCCCCCCAGACGCCCCCGGGCGGGGAGGCCAAGCUGCCUGCCUUCCUCAACAAGCUGCUCAACAAGUCCCCCGAUGUGAAGAAGGAGGCCGCGGCCCCCGGGGGCCCGGAGCGGCCGGGAGCCCCCGGACAGCCCUUCAGCCCGGGCAGGCAGCUGGCCCCCAGCAGGUCUGGGGGGACGGUGGUGAGUGGGGGGCCAGGUGUCCCUGGAGGGGAUGGCAGGGCCACGCCCGAGGAGCUGCCGUCCAGCGAGGGGGAGAGGGGCGAGGGGGAGAGGGGCGAGGGGAGGGCCGGCGCCAUGGAAACCAAUGGCUCAGGGUCGUAG